AUGAAGGUCAAGGUUGGAGCAGAGCUCUGCUUCCCACAUCUUUUCAAUGCGUCCUGUAAGAAACCCACAACCAUCUUGGUGGAAAAUGUGUAUCUUCUUCUAUUGUUUCCCUCCGCUUCUCUGCUCACCGUUGCUCUCAACCUGCUCAUCAUCAUCUCCGUGUUUCACUUCAGGCACCUCCACACUCCCACCAACAUCCUCCUCCUCUCCCUGGCUGUGUCAGACUGUCUCGUGGGCCUCAUACUGAUACCGAAUUAUAUCCUCUUACAAACCUCCUGCUGGUUUUUUAGUGACCAUGUGUGUACUCUGUUGAACUAUUUCACUUUUAUCAUAACAUCUACUUCAAUAGGAAACAUAGUUCUCAUAUCUGUCGACCGUUAUGUUGCUAUCUGUGACCCUCUGCAUUACUCCACCAGGGUCACUCAGAGAAGAGUUACUGUCUGUGUUUGUCUGUGCUGGCUCUGCUCGUUUUGUUACAACACUUUAUCAGUGAAGGAAGAAAUCGGUCAACCGGGCAGGUAUCGUUCCUGCUACGGAGAGUGUGUGUUCGCCUGGGACCUCCAAAUGGUAUAUGUUGACCUUGUUGUAACCUUUAUAGCUCCCAUCUCUGCCAUCAUUUUCCUGUACAUGAGAGUGUUUGUUGUGGCGGUGUCUCAGGCUCGAGCCAUGCGCUCUCAUGUUACAGCCGUCUCCCUCCAGCUCUCACUCGCUCACCCUGUGAACAAAUCGGAGCUGAAAGCAGCCCGGACUCUCGGUGUUCUUGUCGUAGUGUUUCUGAUUUGUUUCUGUCCAUACUACAGCUUGUCUCCUGCAGGGGACAGUGUGCUCAGUGAUGCAUCUAUAUCAUUUGUGGUGUUUCUGUUCUACUUAAACUCUUGCCUGAACCCUUUGAUAUAUGCCUUGUUUUACCCCUGGUUUAGAAAAGCAGUGAAACUCAUUGUGACUCUGCAGAUCCUGCAGCCUUGCUCCCGUGAGGCCAAAAUUCUGUAGAGAGGCUGAGGGGUCGCUGAAGAUUAACAAGUGCAUGUAGAGGUUUUCACUGAAUGGAAGCAAAAUUCAUAUCUUCUCUUUUGUUUAAUCCCUGUGUGUAGCUGUGAUUAUGGAGGGGAAAGGCUGUCAUAAAUAAUUCCUGUAGCUCAACAUCUCUCACUCUCUUUCUCUUUCUCUCUCUCUCUCUCUCUCUCUCUCUGUCUCUCUCUCUCUCUCUCUCUCUGGUAUGUGCGAUAAUUAUUUAAAUCCUAGUAUCUAUACUUCUAUCUGAGUAAUGAAUGUGAAUACUUUUGACACCUCUGCAUCAAACUGUUUUGACCCCUCUUUAAACAAAAACACCAACCCAGAAAAAACCUACAAUGAUAAGAUCACUGUACGACCAUGUGUCACAGAAAAUAAAUCACAGCCUGGAUCAUGUUUACAUUUUUACAAGUGCAUAAACCAAACACAAUAAU